UUUUUACAAGGUUAUUGAUUUAUCUUUAUCUAGAGAUUUACCUUAUAAGUGACUUGAUCAUGUAAGUUUUUACUUCAUCAGUACAUAGAACUUAAAUCCUGUUUGUUUUCCAUAUUUCUAGUGUAAUUCUUCUUUUACUAAUGUUUACUCUUGCUUGAUUAUUUUUGUCAUUUCUUUAACCUCUGAUAUUGUUCUUUUAUGCCAGGCCGGUUUUAAGAGAUAAUAUUUAGAUGGAGGUUUAGCCUUUUUAUAAGUUUGUCUCUUUAUAUACAUAGUAAAAUAUCAAAUGGACAUAUUUGUUGCUCUUGGAUUUCUUCUUUGUCAUUUCUGUUGAUUCAUUGAGGAUAGAACAAGAAAGGAUUUUCCCAAAAAACAAAUUCAGAGGCUUAUAAGUCAGUGUAAAGUGAAUAUGCUCUUCAUCGAAAAAAAAGUGUGAAGUGAAUAUGCUCUUCAUUGAAAAAAAGUGUGAAGUGGAUAUGCUGAUUAAAAAGUCUACUUCUACAUAUUUUCUGACUCUAGUGUGGCUGAUCAUCGCCUUGGUAAGUUAUUGCCUCACCAAUAGUUAAUCAGACACAAGACCCUCCUCGGGCAGAUUCCUCUUUUUGCUCCUCUGUCCACAGGUCUUAGCAGCCGUUUCCAGCUGUUGUUCCCCUCUCAAGAGCAGGUUCUUACGUAUUACUCAACCGUCCACCAUUGGAAAUACCACUUUCCCUACGACUUGCAUGUGCUAAGCAUGGUGUCAGAGAUCAUCCGGAGCCAGGACAGGACUAUUCUUCUCAAGCAUUUUCCCAAUGCAGGAUUUGGACCUAGCUGAACUACUUCAAGCUUCUGCUCAACUGGUUGCAACUCGAACAUUUGAUCGUGCUAGAAAGCUGCUAAGCUUGUGUAACCAGUCUGCUUCUGCUACUGGUACUCCGGUCCAGAAAAUCGUGUAUUAUUUUGCUGAUGCUCUUCAACACAGAAUUGAUAGAGAGAUGGGGAAAAUGCUAUUUACUGGAGAAGAAGAUAUUGAAGUAUAUUCUAUUGAGAUGGAAGAGUUUAUCAUGGAUCUUGAACCUGCUGAAUUUGCAAAGAGGCCAUUGUAUGCCUACCGCCAAGCGACUAAAUUCACUGGAAUACAAGCCAUCUUAGAUUGUACAAUAACAGCAAAAAGGGUUCACUUGAUUGAUCUUGCUAUAAAAAGUGGAUCACACUGGACAACGUUUAUGCAAGUUGUUGCUGAUCUAGAUAAAUGCCCACUCGAGCAUCUCAAAAUAAGUGCUGUUGGAAGGUCCAAAAGGAUGAUGGAAGAUGUAGGGAGGAGAUUGUCAGCUUUUGCUGCUGAGACAUUAGUAAAUGUAUCUUUUUGCUUCAAAACAGUUGUUUCAGACCUGAAGAAUCUUAAGUCAGAUUCCUUCGAUGUAGAGGCUGAUGAAGUCGUUGCAUUUUACUCAGAUACAAUUCUUUGGACUAUGUUAGCUUGGCCUAAUGAACUUGAAUCUAUGAUGGAGGUUAUUAGAAGCCUUGACCCUUGCAUAAUGGUGGUCAUUGAAGCAUUAGCAAACACAAAUUUACCAAAAUUUAUAGAUUCUUUCGACGAGUCUUUAACACACUUCAGUGCUGUUGCUGAUUGUUUUGACGUUUACCACAAGGGUGUAGCAAUAUCUGGAGGAUUUUACAUACAAAAAAUCAUCAGAAAUAUGAUCACAUAUCAUGGAGAAGAGACCGUUCCUCGCUAUGGGGAUCUUAAAGUGUGGAGGGACUUGUUUUCCAGGUUCCAUAUGGUGGAAACAGAACUGAGCCACUCAUCCUUAUGCCAAGCAAGUUUACUGUUUGAGCUGCCCAAGUUCCGCGGAUUCUGCACUUUUGAGCUGGAUGGAAAAUGGCUAGUUAUCAGUUGGAAAGGAACCCCAAUCAUCUCUGCUUCUGCCUGGACGUUCCACUAA